ACUCAAAAGCUCACCAUUUUGACCCAUACGAUUACGUUAGUAGACUUUCUUCCUUUUUCUUUUUGUAUCAAAAAACAAAGGGCAAAAUCGGAACAAAAUAAAAAACCCAAAUCCAGUUUUUUUUUUUUUUUUCUGCUUCUGGUGACAGACAGACAAACAAGACAACCCUAUUAAUUUUAAUUUAAUUUAAUAUAAGCAGCUUUGAAGCUUCAACAAUUGCUUCAUUUCAUUCUUCAAUUUCAGCUCCCAACUUCCUCUUAUCCUCCUAUCCUGGAUAAGCGAAAUUGAUUGAUGGGAACAUCAUCUGGUUCUAACAUCCACCACCAGUCUUCAUCGAAAAUGCUACCUCCACGUCAGCAACCGCGACCUGGAGGAAUACAAACCUCUCUGUCCCUCGUUUCAUCAGAUCCUCGCCUCUCCCCUGAGGAACCCAGAUCAAAUUCUGAUCAAAUUCGUGAGUCACCUACUGAGAGUGCCAGUUCUCGAGAAACUUGGCCUACUGCUGAUGCCAUUGUGACCAAGAAGAUGAUGGAGAAUGGGAAAGCGGAGAAUGAUUGCCCUGAACAAUCGGUUAUUCGCCGUGUUUCUAGUGCAGAUAAGAUAUCACUUCGGGACAUAACAAGAGAGAGAGUUGAUAUGAUCUCUGAAAAGAUGCAUCGUUUACCUGAUGAAUUUCUAGAAGAGAUGAAGAAUGGACUCCGAGUUAUUCUCGAAGGGAAUGGUGGUUCACAGCAAAGAGAGGAAUUUUCGAUGCUGCAAAAGCUUGUGCAAAAUAGAAGUGAUUUAACUGCUAAGACUUUGAUUAGAGCUCACAGAGUACAGCUUGAAAUCCUUGUUGCUAUUAAUACUGGAAUUCAGGCAUUCUUGCAUCCUAGUAUCAGUCUCUCACAGACUUCCCUCAUUGAGAUCUUUGUGUACAAGAGAUGCAGAAACAUAGCAUGUCAAAACCAGCUUCCUGCCGAAGAUUGUACCUGUGAAAUAUGCACCAAUAGAAACGGUUUCUGCAAUCUUUGCAUGUGUGUAAUCUGUAACAAGUUUGAUUUUGAAGUAAAUACCUGCCGUUGGAUUGGGUGUGAUUUGUGUUCACAUUGGACUCAUACGGAUUGUGCUAUUCGUGAUGGACUCAUUUGUAUGGGACCUUCUGUCAAGAGUGGAGCUGGCCCACCUGAAAUGGUUUUCAGGUGCCGAGCCUGCAAUCGGACAUCCGAGCUGCUUGGUUGGGUUAAAGAUGUUUUCCAGCACUGUGCACCAGCCUGGGACCGAGAGGCUCUGACGAGGGAACUUGAUUUUGUUAGUAGGAUCUUUCAUGGAAGUGAUGACCCCCGAGGGAGGAAACUCUUUUGGAAAUGUGAGGAUCUCAAAGAAAAAAUGAAGUCUCGUAUGGUGGAGUCAUCAAUAGCUUGCAGAGCAAUACUAAUGUUUUUCCAAGAGCUAGAGGUUGACUCUCCAAAGAGCUUGGAAAAUGGGGAAGGUGGAAGGCUGAUAGCCCCACAGGAAGCAUGCAAUCGAAUUGCCGAAGUGGUGCAUGAGGCCAUAAGGAAGAUGGAAAUGGUGGCUGAUGAGAAGAUGAGGAUGUACAAAAAGGCCCGCAUGUCUCUUGAUGCUUGUGACCGUGAGAUUGAGGACAAGGCAAGGGAAGUAACAGAACUAAAGCUGGAAAUGCAAAAAAAGAAGCUGCAGGUAGACGAGCUGGAGAGAAUUGUGAGGCUUAAACAGGCAGAAGCUGAUAUGUUCCAACUUAAGGCCAACGAGGCAAAACGAGAGGCUGAUAGGCUUCAAAGGAUUGCUCUGGCCAAGUCAGACAAAUCAGAAGAAGAAUAUGCUAGCAGUUACCUGAAACAACGGUUAAAUGAGGCUGAGGCUGAGAAGCAGUAUCUGUUUGAGAAGAUUAAGUUGCAGGAGAGUUCUCGUGCAUCACAGAGCAGUGGUGGGUCUGACCCUUCACAGAUGCUGAUGUAUUCUAAAAUCCAUGAUCUGCUAUACAAUGUUCCUCCUAAGGCAGACUCCCAGUCAAAUGAACACCACCCUUUCAGGACGAAUCCCUGAGGAAUGGUUCCUAGUGUAUCACUUGUUAAUGUUACAAUAUGAUUAGUAGUCAAGUUGACCUUUCUGAACAAGUGCAGUUGAAUUGCUGUUUGGUUUCAUUUGAUCUUUGAACAUUUUUAUCGGUGUCUGUCUAAGGUGAAGCGUGUUAGUAAGAGAUAUUUGAAACUGAAAGUUGAUUCUUCCAUCGUUGUAUUUACAUAGAUAUGCUUUGAUGACCAAA